AUUUGGAGGAGCCGUUUAAAAUUUUGGUGCAAGUAAAUGGUUGAUAGAAUAGGGAAAGUGGAGCCCAGGAGGAGCAGCAUAAUACAGCUCCUCCCACAUAAAGAAAACGAAUAAACCAGGCUGUGAACGCUACAUUUCACCUGUCCUUAAUUUCCUCUUCUUAUUUUCUUCCCCCUUCUCCACUCAUGAGAUGCUCUCCUAACACUGACAAAGACACAGCCACACAGAUCCACCAUACUAACUCCCAUUUUGUUUUUCUUUUCUCUUCUUCCUUCCAGUAGUUGCAAUAUUAAUUUGCAGCAGAAUCAUGAGCUCCAUCAUCCAGAGCUUUCAGAAGAGAUCAACAUCACUCCCAGUGUCACAGACGGGUACUACUGUCCAUGACGAAACAUCAAAAGACGAACAAGGAGGCAUUCGCAGAAGGCUUUCCUCUCUGUCCCUCAAAAUGCAACCCAUGGCUUCUCCUACAACUACUGAUUCAUGGGCAUUUCUUCAUAGAUCCAAAUCUGCAGCAGCAGCAGGCAGUUCGUUAAGGAAAUGGUGGGACUGGGGCUGGUCUUGGAUUCUCUCCAGAAAGCCUGUUUUCGCUAAAGAUCUUGAAAUGAAUGAAGAAGAAACUAAGAUUCUUGGUUCUCAUAACAAAGGCAGUUGGAGACAUGUUUUUUACAAGGUCAGAUCCGAGUUCAGAAAGAUUGUCAGAUCUGACAAUGUCGGCCUUCCUCAGACUUGCAGGUAUGAUUCUUUCAGCUACUCCAAGAAUUUCAACGACCAUGGAAUCUGCACAGCUGCUGCUCCUAUUCCUGCUCAAUGAGCCUCUUCAAGAUUCAGAUCAACAUAUAUAUAGAACUCUUUACUGUAUGUCUUUUCUUCUUUCAGAAAAAAAAUCAAAUCUUUCAAAUGUUUUGGCAAAUUUUUUCUUUCUUCCGAGUCAAUGUUCCAUGCAUCAAUAAUUCAAGAUUAUAAUGUUCUCUGAUUACUAUCACGUGCGUGGCGGGUGGGUUGGUGGUGCCGAGGAGCAAUUGUCAGAGGGAAAAGGAAAAGAAUCCUCCCAGCCGAUGAUGUCCCAAUUAUUAUCAGAUCGUACGUUGUGGGUGUGUACAUGAAUUCGCAAAUCGCAAACUAUUAAGUAGAGUAGCAGAGUGAUUAGUGAUUGUUGAUUAUUAUUAUUAUUCUUAUUAUUAUUGUUUAUUAUUAUUAUUAUUAAUAUGACAUUGUAAUUUUCUAAAAACUUCAUUGUUAUUGCAUCUCCUACAGUUUUGUAAUAUAAUAUAAGUUUACUUCUUUCUUGUUCA